AGGGAGAAGAACUGAAAAUCAAAGAAAGAGUGAUCAGAUAUAUUAGGGUUUUGGGGUGCACUUUUGCCUUGUCUUGUUUACAUAUUACAACUUUUAUGAAAAAAAAAAUUAUAUUUAUAUAAAGGGUUAAGUCAGUAUUCCACGUGCUCCUGGGGACUCUCUCCUCUCACUGCCCUUUGCUUCAAAUUCAAUGUCAUGUUCAUAUAUACAUACUUUUUAUUUUAUUUUCUUUCACUCGAUUACACUCUCUGACCAUAUGUGCGCUUUCUUUUGUUUGCAUCUUUCUUUCUCUCUCCCUACCUCUCUCAAGAUUCCAGAAAAGCAAAAACUAGUUUAGAGAAAGAAAAAAAAAGCCUUACUCAAGGAACCAAAAAAAGAACAACAUCAAGAAAAAGAUUUCUUGCUUGGAAGCUCUGAAAGGUUGUUCGCAAGAAUCAUCGUGUUUGACUAUAUGAUGGAUGGCAUCAUGAAAGGAGUUGGUGGCGGUGGUGGUGGAGGCGGCGGCGGUGGUGGAAGAGUUGGAAUAGGUGAAGAAGAUAUGGGUGAUGGUAUGCAGUGUAGUGACCAUCCUUAUAGAAAUAACCCAGGUGGAAUCUGCGCUUUUUGUCUUCAAGAGAAGCUUGGAAAGCUUGUUUCUUCUUCUUUUCCUUUACCUAUUCGUGCUUCGUCUUCCUCAUCUUCUUCUCCUUCUUUUAGAUCUGAUAUUGGUAGUGGUGUUGUGGGUGUUGGUGUUGUUGGCGCCAGCAAUGGUGUUAGUGUUGGUCCUGCUGCUUCACUUUCACUCGCUGUGCACUCCACGUCGACAAAAGGUAGAAAUGAUGGUGGCAAUAAUAGUCGCUAUCAAGAAUACUACACAAGGAGGGCCAGGAUUCCUUUUCUUUUGGCUAAAAAGAAGAAGAAAAUCAUGGUUGCAUCAUCAGAUCGUGAUAUUGUUUUCAAAAGAAGCAAAUCCACAGCAACUCCUGGAAGAAGAAACCAUCAUCAUUUCUUGGAUGCUUCCACUGAUGAUGGUGAUGAAGAUUUUACCAGUCCACGAAGAAGAGGUGGGUUCUGGUCAUUUCUUUAUCUCUCUGCUUCCAGCUCCAAGUCUAUCACAACUACUGCUACCAAGAAAACAUCAGACAAGGUAUCAUCAUUGAUAGUUACAACAACACCAGCAACCACAGCCACAACAACAGCGAACGGGUCCAUGAUGAGGCCAAAAGACAAGUGUUUGGGCACUUCUUUGUCCAAGAAAUCAGACAUUGUUGCAGUGGAAGAUGAUGAUAGUCCUAAUAGUCAAGCAACUGCCUCUGCUUCAUCUUUUGAAAGAAAAGUGUCAAGAUCCAGAUCUGUAGGGUGUGGAAGCCGGAGCUUUUCUGGUGAUUUCUUUGAAAGAAUCUCAACUGGGUUUGGAGAUUGCACUCUUAGAAGAGUGGAAUCACAAAGAGAAGGCAAACCAAAAGGACCUGGAGCCGCCUCUCACAUGAAAGAAAGAGUCAAAUGUGGUGGAAUCUUUGGUGGGUUCAUGAUAACUUCUUCAUCUUCAUCUUCUUCAUCAUCAUCUUAUUGGGUUUCAUCCUCAGCAGAAGAGCAUCACAUGAAUGGGAAAUCAACACACGGUGUUGCAGCAGCAGCAGGAGCAGGUGGGCCAUUAGCUCAUGGUAGGAGUAGAAGCUGGGGUUGGGCUUUUGCUAGUCCUAUGAGAGCUUUCAGCAAACCUUCUUCAAAAGAUGGAAAGAGGGACAUUAUAAGAGAAGCAUCCAAUAAAAACACUACGCCAAACUUAUCUGCUAUUCCUUCAUUGUUAGCUGUGAGAGGCUGAAUCAAAAGAGAAGAAUCAGGGCCGGCGGGUUUAUAAUACACAAGUACAUUUGGUCAUCUUUCUUUGUUUAUUUACCUCUCUGUUUAUGAUCUCUUUUUAUCCUGAUCUCAUUAAUUCCAUAACUGGUGUCAACACUUGUAUUUUCCUUUAAAACUUUAUGGUCAUAUUUUGCAAAUUAUUAGUCUCUUUUAGAUAGUGUAUUUCCUUGUAAUGCUUCUUGAAAUGGACUAUCUAAAAAUCCCAGGUGAGUCUUUGUCUAAAGUGUGGACUAACUUGAACUUGAAGAAGGAGAAGAAAUGUUUGACCAAAUAUAAUAUCAUAGCAUCAUCUGAUUGUUAGUUCA